GUCGUCUUUCGAAUGUUCCUCUUUCUUUGACACCAACAGUCAUCACUGACCACCGCGACCACACCACAGACAUCAUCCCUCAAAAAUGCACGGUCUUACCAAGAUCAUCUCCCUUCUUGGCCUCCUUGUCGUCGCCGUACACGCACAGAGCACCACUGAAACCGCUACCUCUACGACGGAGGCGGGAACCAGCACUGAAGUUCCCACUGGAACUAGUGUCUCGUCCGCCGCGGUACCCACAGACACGAGCACCAUCCCUGCGUGUGUGUUGACUUGCUCCGAGCAAGCAGCUUCUGCGAAUGGAUGCACCCUGACCGAUCUCUCGUGCAUCUGCACUAACACGGCGUUCCAGGAUGCCGCCGCUUCCUGUCUGCAGACACAAUGUACAGCGGAGGAGCAGCAAGCCGCGGCGGCUCUCCAGGCAUCUGAAUGCGCUGCUGUCAGUGUAUCUGGAAGUGCAUCUGGUUCGGUCUCUGCAAGCGGGUCUGUCUCGACCACGGCUUCAGGCUCCGUAUCAGGCUCUGUAUCAGGCUCUAUCACCUCGUCGCAUGCAUCAAGUGGUACGGCCUCGGGCACCAGCAGUCGCGCAAGCAGCACUUCCCCUGGUUCCAGCUCUGCAUCAAGAAGACAACUUGCGAUGUUGGAGUACAACAAGGUCAUGGCUGGAUUGGUUGCCAUUGCUGGCGCCUUUGUCGGUGGACUUCUCUUGUAGGAGAUCGUUUACGUUUGGUUCAAUCGCGGUUAUUAUUAGUUGACAUGUUUUACGGAGCCGGACGAUCUAGUUUUCAUCUUUUCUUGAAAUACUUUCUUCUCUAGUAGAUAUUGUUCAGUCAUUUGUUUUGACAACGUAAUUGAAAAAUGAUACUCCAGUGGGCAUAUCCCACCAAGACAAGCAGUGUGAGAGUUCAGCCCCAAUGUGAUCUGGGGGAGGUUUUAAUGAAUUUCGUUCGAUGCAAUCAAAGAGAACCCGACUUAAUCAACGUAUAUUGAUUUGAAAGCGAUUGUAUCUAAGAGGUAACAAGACCCUGCAUUUGCGGUUAAUCAUAAUCUC